AUGUCAAUCACCUCUACUAACCUAGACGGAAUACUUCCCUUGAUCGCUAAAGGUAAAGUCAGGGAUAUAUAUGAAGUUGACUCUGAGAGUUUACUUUUUGUUGCCACUGAUAGGAUCUCUGCUUACGAUGUUAUCAUGGAAAAUGGUAUCAAGGACAAAGGUAAGCUAUUAACCCAAAUUUCUAUCUUUUGGUUUAACUUUUUGAAAGAUAACAUUAAGAAUCACAUAAUUGCCGAUUCUGACGAAGAAAUUUUUGCUAGACUACCCAAGGAGUUGUCCGAGUCAAAAUAUAAGGACCAAUUAUGUCAGAGGUCCUUAUUGGUAAGAAAGCACAAAUUAAUUCCAUUAGAGGCGAUUGUCAGGGGUUACAUCACCGGAUCUGCUUGGAAGGAAUACAAAAAGUCAGGUACCGUUCAUGGUUGUCCUGCCCCAGAAAAUCUUCAGGAAUCCCAAGAGUUCCCAUCUCCAAUUUUCACACCAUCUACGAAGGCCGAACAAGGUGAGCACGAUGAAAACAUUUCUCAAGAACAAGCAGAAAAGAUUGUUGGGAAAGAAGUUUGCGAAAAAGUUGCUCGUAAGGCAAUAGAACUUUACUCGAAAGCUAAAGAGUAUGCAAAGUCCAGGGGUAUUAUUUUAGCUGAUACGAAAUUUGAAUUUGGUAUUACCGAUGAUGGGGAAUUGGUCUUGGUUGAUGAAGUUUUAACGCCAGAUUCAUCAAGAUUCUGGAAUACAAAGACAUACAAACUUGGCAAGUCACAAGAGUCUUAUGAUAAGCAGUUCUUGAGAGAUUGGUUAACUUCAAAUGGACUCAACGGCAAGGAAGGUGUUUCAAUGCCAGAAGAUAUUGUUGCACAAACAUCUUCCAAAUAUGUUGAAGCAUUUGAAGCCCUAACCGGUAAGAAAUAUGUAUGA